AUGACGAUGGAGGAAGAAGUGAGUCCUGCUGUUGCUGCUGCGCGGGCGAAGCUGCGGGAACGACUGCAGCAGACGCAGCAGCUGGGGGGCAAAGGAACAGCAAGAAGGAAAGCAGCAAAGAGCCACCGGUCUGCUGCUGGCGAAGACAAGCGGCUGCAGCAAGCAGCAAAACGCGUCGGUGCUGCUGCUGUCUUCGGGAUCGAAGAAGCUUAUUUGCUGCGCAAAGAUGCAACGGGACUUUUCUUUAAAUCCCCCAAAGUUCUUGCUGCUCCAGCAGCAAACACUUACAUUCUUUCGGGGGCUGUGGAGGAGAAGCAGCAGCUGGAGCCGCUGCUGCAUGCGCGCGGCGCAGCAGCAGCAGCAGCAGCAGCAGCAGACGCGCCCGCUGUCACUUCCGAGAUGCUCAAACACCUGCAGCAGCAAGUCCAGAAGUUCAGCAAACAAAACCAGCAGCAGCAGCAGCAGCAGCAGCAGCAAACCGACGACGACGUACCCGACCUCGUCCAAAACUUCGAGGAAGUCUCCAAGCAGUAA